AUGCACCUUCAGGGGGUACCUGACGAGAUCAUGUGCAAGGCGUUCCCGACCACACUGAAGGGACCUGCGAGGGUUUGGUUCAGUAGACUGACAUCGAACUCCAUCAAUACUUUCAAGGAGUUGAGCGCCCAGUUCACCUCCCACUUCAUUGGCGGACAUCGGUACAAGAGGUCCACCGCGUGCUUGAUGAGCAUCAAGCAGCGAGAAGACGAGACGUUGCGAGCCUACAUAACCCGUUUCAACAAAGAAGCCCUUUCGAUCGACGAAGCGGACGAUAAGAUACUCGUAGCCGCGUUUACAAGCGGGCUGCGGAAGGGGAAGUUCUUGUUUUCCUUAUACAAGAACGACCCGAAGACCAUGGCGGAUGUACUCUACAGGGCUACCAAGUAUAUGAAUGCAGAAGACGCACUGUUGGCCCGCGAAGAGAAACCUAAGAAGAGGGAGAGGCAGGAGGAUAUGCGACAAGAUAAGGGGCGAAAGGUCGCUAGAACCGGGGAUCAGCGUGAUGAAAGGCGCUUCAAACCCCCCACAGGAAGAUUCACCAAUUUCACCCCAUUAACCGCCCCAAUCGACCAAGUACUGAUGCAAAUCAAAGAUGAAAGAGCAUUGACAUUCCCAGGGAAGUUGAAAGGAGAUCCCAACAAAAGACUGAGGGACAAGUAUUGUCGCUUUCACCGGGACCACGGGCAUGACACUACCAACUGCUAUGACCUGAAGCAGCAGAUUGAGGCACUGAUCAGACAGGGAAAGUUACAAAGGUUCGUGAGCAGAGAAAAGACCGACAAACCGGAAGAACAGACCCUACGACGGGAGAACGAGUGCCCCAGACCACCAAUAGGGGACAUUCGGAUGAUUAUAGGGGGCACAGCUGCAGCCGGGUCUUCCAAAAAAGCCCGCAAAACCUACCUUAGGACGGUCCAUAGCAUCCAACUCACAGGAUCCGUACCGAAGAUGCCACGAAUAGGUAACCCCGUCAUACAAUUUUCAGAGGAUGAUGCUCGGAGACUUCACCAUCCUCAUGACGAUGCGCUGGUGGUCAGCCUACAGAUUGGGGAUUAUAAUAUGCAUCGGGUACUCAUCGACAACGGCAGCUCAGCGGAUAUCCUGUACUAUCUAGUAUUCCAGCAGAUGAGAAUUGACAGGGAAAAAUUUUCCCCAACGAACGCCCCACUCGUAGGAUUUGGGGGCGCAAAGAUAUUCCCUUUGGGCACAAUAACUCUAACAGUGACAGCAGGUGACUAUCCUCAGCAAAUCACCAAGGAAGUAACAUUUCUCGUGGUCGACUGCUCGUCCGCCUACAACGCCAUCCUCGGUCGACCAACUCUCAAUUCUUGGAAGGCAGUAACUUCAACGUACCACCUAAUGAUUAAAUUCCCGACGGAGUACGGGGUAUGA